AUGAGUUCGGCCUCUUUUGAUUGGAAUUGUGAUGAGUUACAUCGCCUUCUACCAGCUGCUAGUAAUCCUAGCGCAUUUGGUGGUCCUUUAGUUGUGGUUUCUCCAGGCCAGGUUACUCCACCCACUUCCAUUACCUCACUUAAUUCAACCUCCAUAGCAAUUACUAAGAAAGAAAGCGCAGGCGCUAACUACUUCACUACCCAUCCAUCGUCUGCUGUGAUUACUUGUCCCCAAGCCACAUUUACUUCUUCUAAUAAUAUGCCUUCAUCAAAGAGCCGUCUAGACAUCGUUUCUUCUACUCGCCAUGAUUAUCUCACUCAGUCGCCCAUUUCCUCGAAGCCAUCUGUCCUCAUGUCCUGUUGCGCCUCCCUCAACCCAGAACCUGUUAUAUCAAUGUCGACUAUCUGCAAACGGCCUCGUCUUAUCGCCCAAUUAAAACCAGAGUUGCCAGCUACGACCGCAUAUUCGUCAUCAUCAUCUUUACCAACCCAUCCUGCUCCUCCCGGUCAUUGUUCAUCUGUCUCAAACUCUGCCCCAAAACACCCUAUUCCUCAGACUAUUGCUCAGGCACAGGUCCGACAAUCACUUUGUACCUUUCCACUCUCUAGUCGUCCGGAUGAGGAACUUCAAUACCAGCAAACUACUGGAAAAAGUCUAGAUCGCUCCUACCAACUUAAACAUAAUCAUCAAAAGCAACUGAUUCUGUCGGACCUUAACCAGGGUUCUGUGGGCUUUACUUCCCAGUUAUCAAAAGGCCCGUAUAAAAUGCCAGGACGUAGUAAAACCCAUCAAAUGAGCACUCGACCCGCAAGUGAGGUAGCCGCCCUAGUCAGUCUGCAUGCUAAAGAACAGAGUAAUCAAGCCAGGCUGGAUCUCCGGUUGCUGGAGGAGCGAAGAGUAUGUUUUAAUUUUCUUCUUGCUUUAUUUGCUCCCUUUUAUUGUGUAUGUUUAGUCACUUUCUCUAUUCUAAGGCAUACAUUUAGACGAUGA